GGUCACGUAGUUUGCUGCGGGAGAGGCUAGUUCCGGGUUUGUGCACGUGGAGCGGUAAACACACGUGGAGGUGUGAGCCGGGCAGGGUAAUGCAUCACAGCGAAUCGUAAUUACCAACCCAGAACGCUGUCUCCGUACAGGCACAGCAUGACGUCAGAGCCAUGGAACCGGCUACAUAUGCCUCGUCCCGCCAUUCAGUCCUCCAUACAGUUCCCACUGGGAACAGAUACAGAAAAGCACAUAAAGCAUGUUGUUGAAAGAAGUCUCGCUGUACAGUCAUCCUUGAGGAGCCACAUCCUAAAGACAGAGAUAGCUGCCCUGCAUUCUCUGCUUUAUGUAUUUCACCACCGUCUGAGUUUGCAUAAACCAUACUUGGCUUUAAAACAGGUAGACCAGUGCAUAAAACGUAUCGAAUCUAUGGGAUUGGAUGGAUCUAUCCAAGAGAUACUAGAUUUGUGUCCCUAUUAUAUUGGGAAGAAUGAAUCUGAAACAACACAGUAUUAUUCUGUACCCAGUCAGCCUAUUAUUGAGCUUGCUUCUGUGAAGAUUGUUGGUGCCUGCAAGUUACUACUGCGUCUUUUGGACUGCUGCUGUAAAACGUUCCAUUUAUGUAUACAGCAUCUGUACCAUGAGGAAUUUAUUGUUCUAAAUGUGGUACUUCUUGGACUUCUUAGCCGUUUUUGGGUUUUGUACAGAGGUAUCUUAAAAAAGCUAGUAUCAUUAUAUGAUUCACAAUUUUCAUUGCAACAUGAGAUAUCCAGUUUCCAGAAUAUGCCUUAUAUAAACUUCACUUUUCCUGCCAAAAUGGAAGAUUAUCUUGGACCUGUGUUCACUGAUUUAGCUGGGAGAAAGCUGCCUAAAAUAACUUCUAAGAAAGAACUGCCAAAAUUGCUAAAUAAAAUGUUUUCAUCCCGUGAGUCGAAUUCUAAAGUGGGAGCACUGAAGAAACCAUUAGAUAUGCCUAAAGCUAGGAUAGAAGUUAUUGAUUUGGGGAGACCCAUGGACGCUAGUUCUUCUAACAGAGGCACGUUGGGAACCUUUGAUGUCAAGACAUUAUGCAAGUCUCUCAAAUCCAAAACUCUACAAAAGGACAUUUCCAAUCAAAGCUCCAGGGCAUCUAGGAAAACAUGGGCUUCUUCAUCUGCGCAUAGAAUCAAAGCAAAAUGUGUUAGACAUAUUGUACCGAAAAUUAAAAAAGCAGAUUGUUUUCGAGACCUGUGUGAGCAGCUCCAGCAUGCAGUAGCAUGGUGCAAACAAAAGCGACUGGCAGCAGAGUGCAUGUUCUUCAGAAAUAAAUAUCUGAGAAGUAACAGAUGGAUGCACACUGAAGUACAAGGAUACUGCCUGAAGAAUAAACUAAAACAUUUCAAAAAGUCAAUCUGUCACAGCUUGCAUAAAGGAAUUCUUAAAUCAAACCAAACAUGCCGUCGGUUGGAAUCACAUUGCUUUCAAAGAACAUGGAAACACAAGGUCACACAUUCAGGAAGGACUAAACCACCAAACUAUGGACCGCAUUAUAAUACAUAUUCUCAACCAGCAUCAGAAAGGUCUGGGUUGUGUUUAGAUUUAGUUCUUCAUGAUCAAGGGUUGCCAUCUACUAUCACGGAAACUAAUUCUCUAGCUGGUGCUUUGGAAACUAAAUGUAGAAAGGACAAUUCAGACGAUUACGUUGCCACUAAUACAGAUGACAUUGACGAUAUAUUUUCAUCAAUUGGUAUUUAGAAAGUAUAUUCAUUCUUUCCAAAUUUUUUGUUGGAUUUUACUACAGUGAUGUGAAUAAAUAUCACUUUAAUAUUG